UGCUAUGACUCAAUCGCUCAAGGACACGAUGAAGUCGGCCGGAAUUUACUUUCUAGUGAUCUGUGCAUUCCUGUUUACCUCGUUCUACAAUGUUGCGUCUGACGUGGCCAUUCAGCGGCCCGCAGUAGGAACACCGGGAAGAGGUGGAGGAGUGAUCGGAACGACCGCAGCCGUGAUAGUAGAGACCCAUCCGAACGCAUCCUCCUCGACAGUAACAACCGGUAGCAGCAGCAGCAGCAGCAGCACUGUUUCACCCGUUCCGGCACCAGCUACUACGGUGGAAAAGAAUGGCACUGCAGUCAACACUGCAUCAACGUCAUUGGCAACUGCGGCAAUCAACAGCAGUGCGUCCGUUACAAUGUCACCGGAAAAGAGUGCCGUCGAGCAGGAACACUACAGCUCGAUGUCGAUAUUUUUCGUACUGUGCGUAAUUGCGCUUGGUAUACUGUUGAUCCACAUGAUGCUCCAGACCGGCUUCCAGUACCUACCGGAAAGCAUUGUGGUCGUGUUUUUGGGAGCACUGAUCGGUCUGAUCCUGAACGUAUCGUCCGUCAAGCAUAUUGCCAACUGGGAACGGGAGGAAGUGUUUUCCCCGACCGCUUUUUUCCUUGUCCUGUUGCCACCGAUCAUCUUCGAGUCGGGGUACAAUCUGCACAAGGGAAACUUUUUCCAAAACAUUGGCUCAAUUCUGGUGUUUGCCAUCAUUGGGACAACCAUUUCGGCGCUCGUCAUUGGUUCCGGCGUUUAUUUGCUCGGAUUGGCGGAAGUUGCUUAUCGGCUAAAUUUUGUUGAAUCGUUCGCAUUUGGUUCACUUAUCUCGGCGGUUGAUCCGGUGGCCACGGUAGCAAUCUUUCACGCACUGAACGUUGAUCCGGUACUGAACAUGUUGGUGUUUGGUGAAUCGAUCCUGAACGAUGCGAUUUCGAUCGUGCUCACCACUACGGUAAUGCCGAUGGUUUCCGAUUCCGGUAACAAUGCCAGUACGGGUGAAUCCAUCUUUUCCGCCCUCAACACCUUCUGCAUGAUGUUUUUCGCGUCGGCCGGAAUUGGUGUUGUGUUUGCGCUGAUGAGUGCCCUGCUGCUAAAGCACAUCGAUCUACGGAAGCAUCCUUCGCUCGAGUUUGGCCUAAUGCUGGUGUUUACCUACGCACCGUACGUACUAGCCGAGGGCAUCCAUCUGUCCGGCAUUAUGGCAAUUCUGUUCUGUGGAAUCGUUAUGUCCCAUUACACCCAUUUCAACCUCUCGACGGUGACCCAAAUUACGAUGCAGCAAACGAUGCGAACGCUUGCCUUCAUUGCUGAAACGUGUGUCUUUGCCUACCUAGGACUUGCCAUAUUUUCCUUCAAGCAUCGCUGCGAACUAUCGUUCGUAAUCUGGGCGAUUGUGCUCUGUCUGAUCGGACGCGCUUGCAACAUCUUCCCGCUAGCGUGGUUAGUGAACCGAUUCCGCGAGCACAAAAUUACCAACCGUAUGGCUUUCAUCAUGUGGUUCUCCGGACUCCGGGGGGCCAUUUCGUAUGCACUCUCCCUGCACAUGCAAUUCUCGACGGAAGAAUCCCGGCACGUCGUUAUCACGACCACACUCAUUAUCGUCCUGUUUACGACAUUAUUCUUCGGUGGUUCUACAAUGCCGCUGAUGAAAUACCUUCAGGGAGGCAAGAAAGUGAAACGCGCAUCACGUGCCGGGCGCGCUGGACGCAAACGGAAGGAGAAGGCACUUUCGUUGAGUAAAACGCGCGAAUGGGGCCAAGCGAUCGAUUCGGAACAUCUGUCCGAGCUGACCGAGGAGGAAGAGGUCGGCUUUACGCAGUCACGAAUUGGAGGUUUUACCCGUUGGGAUCGGAAAUUUUUUACGCCCUUCUUUACGCGUCGCUUUACGCAUCAGGAACUUCACGAUUGCAAGAGCCAGAUGGCCGAUUUGACCAACAAAUGGUACCAGGCAAUAAGAAUAUCUCCCGACGAUCCGGACGAAGAGGAUGAAGAUGAUCCGGAUGCGGACGCAAUCUCGGAACGAUCCACCACCAACAUCGUGUUUCCCGGACCGAGCAGUCGGAGUGCCAAAUCAUGAUCCAGUGAGAAACCUGGGCACGCAAUACGGUCCCUUCCGGUUCCCACGUCACCAACGGGAUCGUCAGUGGUUGAUCCGACGCAUGGUAAGGAAACCGACGUAGAUUGCCUUCCCGGGAACGAUGGGUUGUACGAUACGUCACCCUUGCGUACGGUCGAUUUCCUGU